GCAUUGUGGGAUUGGAUGCCGGCGGAAAGCUUCUCGAAGGAACUGCAAAGAUGAUGCCCACACCGGUUAUCCUGCUGAAGGAGGGGACAGACACGUCUCAGGGCAUCCCCCAGCUCAUCAGCAACAUCAAUGCCUGCCAGGUGAUUGCUGAGGCUGUCAGGACCACCCUGGGACCCAGAGGGAUGGACAAACUGAUGGUGGAUGGCAGAGGUAAGGCCACAAUCUCCAAUGACGGAGCCACCAUCCUGAAGCUGCUGGAUGUGGUCCACCCUGCAGCUAAGACUCUGGUGGACAUCGCUCGCUCCCAGGACGCUGAGGUUGGAGACGGCACCACCUCCGUCACCCUCCUGGCCGCUGAGUUCCUGAAGCAGCUGAAGCCGUACGUGGAGGAGGGUCUCCACCCUCAGACCAUCAUCAGGGCGUUCCGCACCGCCACCAACCUCGCCGUCAACAAGAUCAAGGAGAUUUCUGUCCCAGUGAAAAAAGAUGACAAGCAAGAGCAGAGACAGCUGCUGGAGAAGUGUGCAGCCACGGCCCUGAACUCAAAACUGAUCGCUGGCCAGAAGGAUUUCUUCUCCAAAAUGGUGGUGGAUGCUGUCAUGUCUCUGGACGAGCUGCUGUCUCUGAAGAUGAUCGGCAUCAAGAAGGUGCAGGGAGGAGCCCUGGAGGAUUCCCAGUUGAUCUCUGGGGUUGCAUUCAAGAAGACCUUCUCCUACGCUGGGUUUGAAAUGCAGCCCAAACGCUACGAGAAUCCAAAGAUCGCUUUGCUGAACGUGGAGCUGGAGCUCAAGGCUGAGAAGGACAACGCUGAGGUCCGCGUGAAAUCUGUGGAGGACUACCAGGCCAUCGUGGACGCAGAGUGGAACAUCCUGUACGACAAACUGGAGAAGAUCUACCAGUCCGGAGCCAAGGUGGUUCUGUCCAAGCUGCCCAUCGGAGACGUGGCCACUCAGUACUUCGCUGACAGAGACCUGUUCUGUGCCGGCAGGGUGCAGGAGGAGGAUCUGAGGAGGACCAUGAUGGCCUGUGGAGGCUCCAUCCAGACCUCUGUAGGAGCCAUGACGGACGACGUCCUGGGACAGUGUGAGCUAUUCGAAGAGGUUCAGGUCGGAGGAGAGCGGUACAACUUCUUCAAGGGCUGCCCGAAGGCGAAGACGUGCACCAUCAUCCUGAGGGGCGGAGCCGAGCAGUUCACAGAGGAAACAGAGCGAUCGCUGCAUGACGCCAUCAUGAUCGUCCGCAGAGCCAUCAAGAAUGACUCCAUUGUAGCGGGUGGAGGUGCCAUAGAGAUGGAGCUGUCCAAGUACCUGAGAGAUUACUCCAGAACCAUCCCCGGAAAACAGCAGCUGCUGAUUGGAGCUUACGCCAAGGCCCUGGAGGUCAUCCCCAGGCAGCUGUGCGAUAACGCCGGCUUCGAUGCCACCAACAUCCUCAACAAACUGCGUGCAAAACAUGCACAGGGCGGCAUGUGGUACGGCGUGGACAUCAACAACGAAGACAUCGCGGACAACUUCGCCUCCUGCGUGUGGGAGCCCGCCAUCGUUCGGAUCAACGCCCUGACGGCAGCAUCGGAGGCGGCUUGUCUCAUCCUGUCGGUCGACGAGACGAUCAAGAACCCUCGCAGCACCGUAGACGGACCUCCGGGCGGCGGCAGGGGCCGAGGCCGUGGCAGACCCCACGCUCACUAAAGAGAAAGCAAGAAGAAAACCUCAUUUUCUGGAGGCAGUAAAACCCACAUGCAGACAGAAGAUCGUCAGGUCGACUGAUCUGCAUUUGGGUUUGAAUUCUUGAUAAAAUGAGGCAUUGUAAGCAGUCGCAGACACAUGGCAAAUGACAGGCGUAUUGAAAGGAAACAAAGGGGGAAAGAGAAGCUCAUCGGGCAAUUUCAAGACCGUUUGUUUGGACUUUUUCUUUGUUUUUCACCGUUUUUCUUACUAAAAUUUCAAGCACUGUUUCCAUCUGUAGCUGUGAUACUGAAAUUGAAGCCAAAUGACAGCAGUUCCCCCUCAGUUUGGAAACAAACACUCCUGUCCCCUUCAGGUCAGCGCUUCUUCUUCUAACCCGAAGGAGCCGUUCCAUAACUUCUGUAAUCUGGUUUUGUGUUACAAACUGACUUGCAACAUGGGAAGCAAAGCACUGAUAGGAUGUCGAACAGUUCUGAAAAAGUGUGUGAGACUAUUUAUUGGACCAUUGUUGUCAAUAAAUUCACAGCCGAGAUCAUA